AUGGAAAACAUUGAUGGGAAACCAAUUGUGUAUGAUUGUAACGCUUUGAUGUACUUUUAUUUGAAGUCUAAGAACGCGUGUUGGCAAGAGUUGGUUGAAAUGUAUACCGGGAUGAAGAGAUUUGGUCCUCCACCAGUUGCAUCCACUUUUAAUACCCUUCUUAAUGGAAUGUUACUUCUUGGUGAUCUAAAACAUGCAAUUUUUAUUGUUGAAGAGAUGUAUAGAAAUCAUUUUGUGCCAUCCUUUACUUCUUUAUCAAAAAUGUUGAAAAUGGUUGUCAAAGUAGGGAAUUUACUUGAUGGUCUUCUUGUUUUUGAGCUCAUGUUGAGGUAUGAUUAUUACCCAACAGAACCAACUUUGAAUAAAUUUAUUUUAAUGCUUUGUGAUGCUGGGAUGGUUUCUGAUACAUGUUUUGUUUUCUCUGUUCUUUUGGGAAAGAGUUAUGUUUAUAGUGUAUAUUGUUACAAUCCUAUUCUAUGGGCUUUAUGCAAGAUCGGUCAAAGUUAUACUACUUUGCAAUUGUUUUAUUUGAUGAUGAAGAAAGAGUUUGUUCAUAAUGUGUGUUCUUAUACUGGUUUGAUUUAUGGGUUCUAUAGAGAAGGCCUGCAAGAUAAUGUUUUUCAAUGGCUGGAUUUCAUGCAAAGUAGUGGUUGUAUGCCUAAUGUGAUUACGUACAUGAUAAUUGUUAAGUUUCCUUUUGAUAAUGGGAAGUUUAAGGAGGCUAUAGACUUCGUCAAUAAGAUGGAAAAAGAAGGUUGUAACCCUGAUCUGGUUACUUAUAAUGUCAUUCUUCGUGAGCUUUGCCAUAGAGAUAGGCUAGAUGACAUUUCUGAGUUAAUUCAGGUGAUGGAUCAAAAAGGUCUUUCUCCGGAUUCAUAUUCAUAUGCUGCUUUGUGUGGAGGCCUGCUCAAAAUAGGAAAAGUAGGGGAUGCAUGUAAACUAUUGCUUGAUAUAUUUUCCAAUGGAACUACGGAUGUUGCUGUCUAUAAUAUUUACUUCCAAUGUUUAUGUCAAGAGAAUAAAUCAAGAGAAGCAUUGUCUCAGUUGAAACGCAUGAUGAAAGUUGGCUUUAAGCCAAACAAUGUGUCGUAUAAUACUAUCUUGAGUGGUUUUUGUAAAGAAAAAAAUAUUAAUGAGGCCAUGGAGCUUUUGUACAAUUUUGAGUGGGAUGUGAAUGGGCCUAAUACAAUCACUUUCAAUGCAAUUUUGUCUACUGCAUGCAGGCUAGGAAACUCUGCAAUAAUCCAAAGGAUCUUGUAUCAUAUGAGGUAUGAAGACAUGAAGCUUAAUAUUUUCAGUUUGACUUGUUUGGUUCGAUAUCUUUGCAGUAGAGGAAAAUUUUCAGAGUGUUUGAAGUUAGUGGAGUCCAUGAUGUAUAAUAGUCCUACUCCAAUUGUAGUCACCUUAAAUAUACUGCUUCAUAACCUUUGCAAGAACCGGUUGUGUUGUGGAACUGCAUACCGGAUUUUCCAGAAUUUAAGAAACACCAAGUGCCUUCCUGAUGUGACUUCAUACAACAUUCUCAUCCAUGCUUCUAUAAGAGAGCACAAUCACCUUCUGGUUGGUCAACUGUUAGGGGAAAUGAAGAGACAGGGACUAAAACCAGAUGUUUUUACCUAUGGUUCAUUAAUUAGUGGCCUGUGUAAAGAAGGGAAGAUAUCAGCUGCUCUCCAACUGUGGAAUCAAAUGCUAGAGAGGGGCCUUAUUCCUAGUGUUGUAAUUUUCAAUUCCCUAUUACAUGCAAUAUUUCAGAGAGGCAAGUUUUGGGAUAUCCUCUUGUUACGUAAAGCCAUGGUAGUGCAGGGCUUUCAAACUGGUGAGGUAACUCUAGGGAUCCUUAGCCAAGAAAUUUCAAAUGGUUCAAUGAAGAGAUUUCCUAAAGUCGCUAAAGUUCUAGAUUGGGUGAUAAGUAAUGAGUUUCAGAAAGAAACAGAUCAAAAGACAAUAGCUGGCUGA